AAGAAAGCGGAGGCGAGAGGAGGGAGAGCAGCGGCACCAGCCGAAGCGCGCCGGGGAAGAGGGCGGAGAGCUCCUCCGGGCCAUGGGCGCUUUUCUCCUCAGCGCAACCUGGCUGGGGGCUCUGCUGCUGCUGCUGCUGGUCCUGCUGCUGGUGGCCUCGCUCGGCGGGAGGAAUCGACGGCCUGAUGAACCUCCACUUGAUAAAGGUCACAUUCCUUGGCUUGGGCAUGCACUGGAAUUUGGUAAAGAUGCUGCCACAUUCCUGUCUGAUAUGAGAAAGAAGCAUGGUGAUAUUUUCACGGUUCAAGUUGCAGGAAAAUUUGUAACUGUCUUAUUGGAUCCACAUUCCUACGAUGUGGUGCUUUGGGAAUCAUACACCAAGCUGGACUUUGGCCAAUAUGCACGCAUUUUAAUGAAACGGAUGUUUGAUGUGAAGCUCCCUGAUUAUGAUUCUAAUGAGGAAAAGACCAUGCUGAGAAUGACUCUGAAGGACAAGAAUCUUUCCAGCCUGACUAAGGCCAUGUGCCUUAACUUGCAAACCAUUCUGCUUCCUAGCCCCAGUAGAGCCAGUGGGCAGUGGAAAGAGGAAGACCUGUUUCAGCUCUCCUACAGCACGAUGUUCAGAGCUGGAUUCCUGACACUGUAUGGCAAUGAAAGCAGGAGUUAUGAAGAUCUUAAUAGUCAAGCUAAAGACCGAGUUCAUUCGAUGGAAGUUUAUAAUGCAUAUUAUAAACUAGACCGAUUCUUGAUGAAAGCUGCUCGCUCAACUUUGAAUGUAGUGGAAAAGUGGAAAUUUUGCAAUAUCAGGAAGGAUCUCUGGAAGUUUUUUUCUGUGGAAAGACUGGACAGCAGAGCAAACCAAAGUGUUUGGUUGAACAUCUACAGGCAGCACUUGGUAGACCUUGGUGUGAAUGAAGAUAUGCAAACUAGAGCCAUGGUGCUGCAACUCUGGAGUACUCAGAGCAAUGCUGGCCCAGCAGUUUUCUGGCUUCUCCUGUUUCUUUUAAAACAUCCUCCAGCCAUGGCAGCAGUUCAAGCUGAAAUGGAAAGACUCUUUCGAAACAGACGAUUAACAACCAGGCCAAUUUGUGAGAUAAUCAACCAAAAAGUUUUGGAUAGCACACCCAUUUUGGACAGUGCUUUGAACGAAACACUGCGUUUGACAGCAGCUCCUUUUAUCAGCCGAGAGGUCCUUCAGGACAUGACCCUGAGACUGGCAGCUGGCAGAAAGUACCACCUGAGAAAGGGAGAUAGGCUUUGCCUCUUUCCACUAAUAAGCCCGCAGAUGGACCCUGAAAUCUAUGAGGAGCCAGAGAAAUUCAUAUAUGACCGGUUUCUCAAUUCAGAUGGCACAGAAAAAACAGACUUCUAUAAAGGAGGAGAAAAACUCAAGUAUUACAAUAUGCCAUGGGGAGCAGGAAUAAAUGUCUGCAUUGGAAAGUUCUUUGCAGUUAAUAGCAUCAAGCUAUGUGUUUUCCACCUCCUAAACUAUUUUGAUUUGGAACUGAAAGAUUCUGCUAAGGAGAUCCCAGGCUUCGACAAGCAGAGAUACGGCUUUGGAAUGCUGCAGCCGGAAACAGAUGUCAGAAUUCGAUAUAAAUUGAAAGAUCAGUAAAGCAGCGCCUCUUUUCUUCUAUCUAGUGCUACAUAAUCUGCAAACAAACAACGGCUUGUUAGUUUCAGUUGGAAUUGAUUUUGAUGCCCAUUACUAAAGGGAUGGCAAAUGUCUAAAACUAGAACAUACUCUGCUUUCCAAUUUCCUGAACGUGUUCUCCCCUUGUGAAAGCGGCUUCUGUUUUUCUACCUCAUUCUCAGGAUGUUUCAGAAGUUAUGAAGAAAUUCAUUGUGAUAUAAGCUAUUGAGGGUGAGGCUGUUACUUUUUCAGUUUUACCUCUCUCCAUCACUCUAGCCUCUCAGGCUUACAAUGACUCAUCUGAAAAAAGCCCCCCUGUGAAAAGCAAUGGGGUGCGUGUAGACUGUAGGAUGAAUACUUGUACAAUGAAUUACCGGAUCCUGAUAUAAUACUUCCAUUCUCCUUGGGUACGUCAUAAUGGAACUAGUGCAACAGCACCACACUCCUUUCAUAUGAAUUUAACUGAAAUUCCUUUUCCAUAAAAAACAAAAAAACAAACAAAAGCAAUUUCUUUUCUAUCAGUUUGAAUUCAGAAUAAUAUUUUGGCACAGCGCUAUGUCAGUCUUUGCCAACUAUGGCCCUCCAGAUAUGCUGGCUGGGAAUUCUGAGAGUUGUAGUUUAAUGCACCUGGAAGGCAUCAAAUUAGAGAAGCCUGGUUUAUGUUUAGCUAUGAAAAUGCAUUUUAUGCUAUUCAGCAAGCUGCUAAUAUUCAAAGGCUUCCAACUAUAUCCUUGCAAACCCAUAUUUCUGGAUAUUCAUGUUGAUGCAAGUGGAGAAUUGCAAAUAGUCCAUGUUUGCAUAAACCAUAUAAAUUAGCUUUUUUGCGACAUGCAAUAAAACCAACUAAGUUCUGAGUCCAUGAACAGUGAAUA